CGUCACUUUCUGUAGGGACUGCCGUGUGGCCAAUGCCGAGGAGAAGCUGAUGGACGACCUUCUGAACAAAACCCGCUACAACAGCCUGAUCCGCCCUGCCACCAGUUCCUCGCAGCUCAUCUCCAUCCAGCUGCAGCUUUCCCUGGCCCAGCUCAUCAGCGUGAAUGAGCGGGAGCAGAUUAUGACCACCAACGUCUGGCUGAAACAGGAAUGGACUGACUACCGCCUGGCCUGGAACAGCUCUCGCUACGAGGGCGUGAACAUCCUGCGGAUCCCCGCAAGGCGCAUCUGGCUGCCUGACAUCGUGCUUUACAACAACGCCGACGGGACCUACGAGGUGUCCGUCUACACCAACGUGGUGGUGCGCUCCAACGGCAGCGUGCAGUGGCUGCCCCCUGCCAUCUACAAGAGUGCCUGCAAGAUCGAGGUGAAGCACUUUCCCUUCGACCAGCAGAACUGCACCCUCAAGUUCCGCUCCUGGACCUACGACCACACGGAGAUUGACAUGGUCCUUAUGUCACCCACGGCCAGCAUGGAUGACUUCACUCCUAGUGGUGAAUGGGAUAUCAUGGCCCUCCCUGGGAGAAGGACGGUGAACCCACAGGACCCCAGCUACGUGGACGUGACGUACGACUUCAUCAUCAAGCGCAAGCCGCUCUUCUACACCAUCAACCUCAUCGCCCCCUGCGUGCUCAUCACCUCGCUGGCCAUCCUUGUGUUCUACCUGCCGUCCGACUGCGGUGAGAAGAUGACGCUGUGCAUCUCCGUGCUGCUGGCGCUCACGGUCUUCCUGCUGCUCAUCUCCAAGAUCGUGCCACCCACCUCCCUCGACGUGCCGCUCAUCGGCAAGUACCUCAUGUUCACCAUGGUGCUGGUCACCUUCUCCAUCGUCACCAGCGUCUGCGUGCUCAACGUGCACCACCGCUCGCCCAGCACCCACACCAUGGCGCCCUGGGUCAAGCGCUGCUUCCUACACAAGCUGCCCUCCUUCCUCUACAUGAAGCGCCCGGGCCCCGCCAGCAGCCCGGCCAGGGCCCCCCAGCCCGGCCAGUCACGCCUGUUGAAGACUGAGGCCACCACCUCUGCUGCCUCUGCCGUGGGCCCUGCCAGCCCCUCCAGCCCGUGUGGGCACUCCAUGUACUGUGUGAGCUCUGGCUCUGCCGCUCCCAAGUCUCCCGCCCGCCCGGACUCCGGGGCUCUCCGGCUCAGGUCCUCGGGAAGGUUCCGGCAGGAUGUGCAGGAGGCCUUAGAGGGCGUCAGCUUCAUCGCGCAGCACAUGAAGAGUGACGAUCAAGACCAGAGUGUGAGUUGCUAGCGCAGGCCCUGCCCACCUCCCGACAGAAAGGCUCAGAGAGUUAGCACCAGUCUCCCACUUCCUGAGUAAAUUCAUACGAAACGAGGACUCUCAAACUCUGAUUGAAUAGGGAAUCUAAAACUGAAAUGAGUUUUAUGCUCAGGCGGAGGGGAAAAAGGUGGGGAGGGAGGAAAGCCAGAGGAGGGUGGAAUAAGCAGGAUACUGCUGUGGGACCCCAGGCUCAGCCAUCUUGCAGAGCCCCUGUGGGUUGAGGGUGGCCCCAGGACAUUAACUCCCCUGCCCUUGCGGUUAUGCCAGCCUGCCAGAGCAAGCAGCUUGACGCUGGAGAAAGCCCUGGAGCAGAGAAGAGGAAAGGGGAGGCUGUCAGUGGGCUGGGAGAUGACUCUGCAGCCUUUGGGGAACUCUGGUGGGCUGAGGCAUGGAGGGAUGGGGUGCACCUGCCCCCAUCCUCUUCAGACUUGCAAGAUGCUUACAGGAGUAGAAAUAACACUUCUAAAGACAACUUUAUGACAACUGAACACAGAAUGUGACAAUGACUGAAAUUUGCAUGUACAUUUCUGUGCCAGGCAGGAGAACAAGUUUCAUACUCUUGUGAAUGUUCUCAUUUCCACACCUUAUCAGGUCAGAUUCUUUGAACAGGUUUUUACCACAUAACAUAGUGUCUCCCCCUUUGCAGCUGCUUGGAAAAAAGAGGACAUCUCCUUGUUCUUAUAUUUCUGAGAUACCUUUUCACUAGCUGCAUUCCCAAGGGAAGCACUGGCAUUCCAUUAGAGAAAAGAACAGGCUGAAAAGCUCCAAAAUCACACUGUGCAAAUGUAUUAUUGCUAACAAAUGGAAUAUAGGAUGCAAGAUAGUCUUCUGAGUGUAGUCCUCA